GGAAUGUUUGACAUCUGUGCCAAAGAUAUGAUGCCAGUAGAUUUCUCAGAGCAUUUUCGAGGGACAGUCAACAUUUGGGCCACUGUAACUGCUGUAGAUGGCAGCAAGCAGGUUACAUCUGAUGACACUACCCUAGUCCAAAAACAGCUGAUCGAUAUCAAAUAUAGCAAAGAUACUCGGAAACAGUUCAAGCCAGGCUUGCCUUAUCAAGGAAAAGUUGAAGUCUCAUAUCCAGAUGGAAGCCCUGCAGAUGGAGUGACUGUAAGAAUCAAAGCUGAACUUGCCCCAAAAGACAAUGUGUACACUAGUGAGCUUGUAUCUCAGAAUGGACUUGUAGAGUUUCAGAUACCCUCUAUACCAACAGCUGCUCAAUAUGUGUGGCUGGAGUCUAAAGUAAUAGCCAUUGAUGGGAAAUCCACAGGAGAUCAAUAUUUGCCCAACUACUUGUCCAUAAGUAGCUGGUAUUCUCCAAGCAAAUGCCAUCUACUGAUUCAGCCUCUGGAAAAGUACAGGUGGGUGAGGAUGCCCGAAUUACCUUGAAGUCCACCUGUCUAUGCAAUUUCACUUUGCACUAUGAAGUGGCAUCUCGUGGAAACAUUGUGCUGUCUGGAAUGCAGUCAACAAAUGUCACUCUACAAAGGACAAAGAGA